AUGGACAGUCCUUACGCAUCCAGCACUGACCUGUCUUCGGACUCCGCGCCUGAUAAUGCCCCUCAGGCUAAUGAUUAUUGGACUCGACGCCGAGCCCAGGAACGUUUAGGGGAGCCUGGUGCUUCUGAAAAUGGGCCCAGCCUGGAACCUGAGGACCGAGAGGAUGUCCCUCUUGAUUAUGACAACUCUGACCAGGGAGAGCGUGAGGAAGGGUACGACAUGCUCGACGGGCCGCUCGUUCGAGGGGCGAUGCACCGAGAUCGUUCCAUGAACGAGCUCGCCCCUGAGGAGCUCUCUGAUGAGGAACUCUCCCGGGAGGAACUUCAGUUUGAUGACGAUGGAGUGGUUGGGUACUUUAGCGCUGCCAUGUUCAACGAGACUGAAGAGGAGCACCGCCUGAGCACCUCUAGCCUUGUCCAGAGCCCUUCUGGCACAGAUAUCCCGCAGGGAGUUCUUGCUGCAACUGCACAGAUUGCGCAGAACAACCUCGCUAGGUCAUACAACAACCUUACCGGCGGGCUUACGUAUACUGCCCAGCGUGCCCACGAUGCCAUGGCGACCACCGCCCAAGCUGGGGGCCACCUAGCUGAAGGGGCUUGGCGUGCUGGCAAUGGUGUAGCGAUUUGGGCUCAGGAGCGGUGGCCGAACAUGCCUCGAGUCAUCAACCGCAGAAUGUUAGGCUCUCUGGCUGAGCUUGUGAUGGAGGGUGUUCAAGCUUUGCCACCUUCGGACUCCAUCAUUCGCCCACAAGGACGGCGAUGA